AUGACUCACCCAAUUGUUAAAUCGUUUGCAACAUCUAAUGAACUUUCAGUAUCACUUGCGGAUCUUGUUGUUGGAUUGUCCGAAGAAUCUAUCAAAUCGCGUGGUAGGUUUACAGUAAGUAUUUCCGGUGGGUCGUUACCCAAGUUGCUUGCCGCAGAUUUAAAGAAUAGGAAGGGUGUUGAAUGGGAUAAAUGGGAAGUAUUUUUCUGUGACGAAAGGAUUGUUCCAUUAGAUCACGAAGAUUCCAACUAUCUUGUUUGCAAAAAAGAAUUGUUUGAUCACGUUCCAAUCCAGCCUGAAAAAAUUCACACUAUUAAACCUGAGCUUGCAACUGAAAAUGAAGUGGAAGGAGAUGAAGAAACGGUUGAUACUGACUAUCAACAGCAAUUACUUGAAGUUUUUUCUGGUGCAAAGUCCAUCGCGUUUCCAGUAUUUGAUUUAUUGCUUUUAGGAAUCGGACCGGAUGGACAUACCUGUUCAUUAUUUCCAGGACAUCCACUUCUUGAUGAGAAAACCGUGUGGGUGGCAUAUAUUGGAGAUUCACCUAAGCCUCCACCUAGAAGAGUCACUUUAACCUUACCAGUAAUUAACCAUGCGCGUAAUGUAGCAUUUGUUGCCACAGGUUCUGGAAAGCAAGAUAUUUUACAUCAAAUAUUUGAGGUUCCUGAUAGUAAGCUUCCUGCUCAAUUGGUUAAGCCUACACAUGGUAACUUAUAUUGGUUCUUGGAUGAUGCUGCCUCCUCAAAGUUGACUUUGCCAAA